AUGGCCCCAAGCGUUGUUCUUGUCACCGGCGCCAACCGUGGCAUUGGCUACGAGAUUGUCAAGGCUCUCGUUGAGUCUCAGAUUCCCUAUCACGUCUUCCUCGCUGCUCGUGAUAUUGAGAAGGGCAAGGCUGCUGCAGCCACGAUUAAGCCCCGUGAGGGCAGCUCCAUCUCAGUUCUCGAACUAGAAGUCUCCUCAACCGAGUCUAUCGCUAGGGCUGCGGAGACCGUCAAGGCAGAGGCCGGUCGAGUGGAUUUCCUCGUCAACAAUGCCGGCAUCGUUGACGAGAGUGCUGAUGCGAUGACGCGACUUCGCAAUACGCUCGAGAUCAACACCAUUGCCCCCUUUGCUGUUACCCAAGCGUUCAAGCCUUUGCUAAUAGUUCAACCUAAAAAUGAAACCAAAGAGAAGCGAGUCAUUUAUGUUUCAAGUGGGCUGGGCUCCAUUGCUGAGAAACUGGACCCCAAAUCCAAGUACUAUGCCGUCCAGGCUACUGAAUACCGCAUGAGCAAGUCUGCGCUCAACAUGCUUGCCGCAUGCGAUGCUUUCGAUCUGAAGGACCACGGCGUCAAAGUCUUUGCAUACGAUCCCGAGUUUGUGGCUACAUCUCUUUCAUUGUCGCCUGAAGAGCGCCGAAAAAUGGGUGCGCUUGAGCCGAGUGUAAGUGGAGAGAGUUGCCGAGAUAUCAUUGAGGGCAAGCGAGAUGCCGAUACAGCGAAGCUUGUUAGCAUCAACGGGGCGGACUGGCCAUGGUAA